AUGUUGGGAGAUUGUGACACAGGGAAUCAAGUUCAAAAGGACAUUGAAACUGCACAAAAUCAUGAAAAUGAAAAUUCUGGACAAGCUGAACCAGAAACUGCAACUACUAAAAAUUCAAGAGACAAUUCCGUUUUGUCUCAUGAAUCUGAAGGAAAUCCUAAAGCCUGCAGCAUCCAGAAUCCAUUGGUACCUGAAUCUGCCUCCAAGUCUACCAGACCACGUGAAUGGAGAUUCUUGAAGAACUACCCUGAGGAAUUUGUUAUUGGGAACGUCUCUCGUGGAGUUAGAACUCGGUCCUCAACUAGAAAGGCCAAUGAAAAGACAAACAUUGUCCUUCUCUCUCAAAUAGAGCCUCAGAAUGUCAAAGAAGCCCUUAGUGACCCCUCCUGGGUUAAAGCAAUGGAGGAUGAGCUUCUUGAGUUUGAGAAGAACCAAGUGUGGACUUUGGUUCCUAGGCCAAGUGGAAAGAAAGUGAUAGGCACCAAGUGGAUUUUUCGAAACAAGCUAGGAGAGGAUGAAACCACUCAUAUGAGGAAGAAAAUCAUUCCACAAAGGCCUCCUCGUGAAAAGAUCCUCAAACUUCCAUCAAAACCAAAUCCCUCUACUCGUUCAAGAGAUCAAACAUUCACUCCCUCACCUUCUCCUCCUACCUCUCCUCCUCGUACUGAUCCCAUGGCACGGACCAAGACCACACCAAGGUAUCCUACCUCAGCCAAGCCAACGCCACCACCAAAGGCAACGCCUUCCAAACUAAGCUCCUCGAAACUUGGCUCAUCCAAGGGCAAGUGCCCUGCUACUAAAGAACCUAUUCCUGAGUCAACACAACCUAAGCCAAAGUCUGUUCCUGUGCGUUCUCAAUGA